GCUGAGACGGCAGAGUGAAAGAGGGGCAGAACUGCUGAGCGGCUUUGUUCCUGAUGUAAACAGGUUCGGGUCUGUCUGUCUGCGGAAUAAACAUUCUUUAAACGGCCGUUCAAAUGUGUGGAACGUUUUCCGCGCGGCAUCGACGCGUGAAAAGCCUGCGGAAGUAGGGCCGGUGUCACAGCUGCGGGGCCACAGGAGGAGCCGAUACCGACGCCGCUGUCCGGGGCCUAACUGUCGCCCCGCGCGCAAUCGGAUAAUUUACUUUUUCCACAAUGUUGGGUUAUGAUGACUUGGAGGCCUAUGAAGAUGAGCUGUAUCACGAGGAAUCUUCUAGUGAGGCAGAAAUUGAUAGUGAAGUGGAGUUCCAGUUAUACAGUCAAGUACAUUAUGCAAACAAUAUUAAUGAAGCGAAGAUGGAUGGAAAGAGGGACACAGUUGCUAUAAAUCCCCAUAUCACUUCAGUUGAAGAUAAAGCAAAGCAUUCAAGAAAAAGCAAAGAGCAAAUUAUUUUGACUGAUAGUGAUGUUGUAGUCAUUUCAGAUAGCCCCGAUGUCAUAGUUUUGUCAGACUCUGAAUGCGAUGAUAGUGUUUAUACACACAAGGAUGCUAAACCCUCAGAAUGUUACCUUAAGCAAAACAAAGAACAGUCCAUGGGUGAACGUGCACCUGGAUCAGACCGCUGUUCAAAUCAUUCAACAUCAAGCAUGAAUAGAUUGGCUGAAAUGCAGACAUUAAACCAAAGGAUGGGCAGAAUAUGUCAACAGAUCCAAGAGGGAACAACGAUGGAAGAGAGUGGAAGUUCUGGAACAGAAAGUGAUGAUGCGAUAGAGAAUUGGAUGGUUCUGGGAAAUGAUAAGGAAGAAAAAGAUGAUGACAACAUUCAGAUCAAUAUUGUAGAUUGUGAAGCACCGAGGAACAAAGGAGGUAACCGUCAUUCUCAGUGGUUAAUUUCUGAAAAAGAUCGAAAGGGGUCAUUUGUGGGUUAUCGCUAUCGUUACUAUGCACCAACUAACAAAAAUGUGGACUGCAGGAACUGUGGCAAAAAGGGACACAUAUCCAAAACCUGCCUGGCUCCAAAGAAAUGGCCUCCUUGCUGUUUGUGUGGAGUUAGAGGUCACCUUCAGAGAAGUUGCCCAGAGAGAUAUUGUACGAACUGCAACAUGCCUGGUCACUGGUUUAAGGAGUGCAUUGAAAGGGCAUACUGGAAAAAGAAGUGUCAUCGUUGUAGCAUGACUGGUCACUAUGCAGACGCUUGUCCUGAAAUAUGGAGGCAGUACCAUUUAACGACCAGACAAGGACCAAUAAUAAGUGGACCAUCUGAGCCUGCAGCCAGGAAAUCUGUGUAUUGCUACAACUGUGCAAAAAGAGGACACUAUGGCCACGAGUGCUCAAACAAAUGGAUGCAUAAGCAUAUCCUUCCUACCUCGUCACUUGUGUACUAUUAUGAUACUGAGCGGGACAUAAAAUGUAGGGAACGGAGGAUGUGGAAGAAAGUUGAAGAACUUCAAGAUGCCGGCCUUCUUGAAACCGACUUUCCAUCUAAGAGAAUGUGCAGGGAGUCUGCAAACGAAGAUUUGGUUUCCAAGAAAGCAAAGAAAAAACAGAGGAAGGAGAUGCUUAGAAAAAGAUAUGAGAGACGAGAGCAAGGAGAUAGAAACAAAAGUAGUUUGACAAAACGCAAAACAAAACAUCACCAUCAUUCUUCCCCUUCUCUGAAAAAGUUCAAUGAAGGUGCCGAAGAUGAUUUUCCAAGGGGGGGAACAGCAAAAUCAGAAGCUGCGAAUGCUGCUCACCGGAGAAAACAUGGGAGCUCCCGAUUGUUUGUGCACAGUAAUCCUCCACAGACUGAAGCACGACUAGAUCGAAAAAAGAUCAAGAUAAGCAAACAGAAACGUAUGCAGGCAAAAAAAAAGAUAAAGGCUAGGAAAACAAAAGUAUCUGACACAGCAUCCCCCAUCCCAAAUAAUCUUUUAAUGAUAAAACAAAAAAAAAAGCACAAGAAGCACUAGAAGUUAAAUUGCAAGAAUCUGUAGACUA